CACAGUCUGUCGGUUAAUUGUGUUUAUCAGUGUUAUAAUUAUUAUUUUAAUUUAUAAUGCCGUUGGAAAAUUUGGAGGAAGAGGGUUUAGAAAAAAAUCCCAACUUGGAGCUGGCUCAAACUAAAUUUUUAUUGAGCCUACCAGAACAUAAGGAUGAUCUGUUUUUAAAGAACAAACUGUUAGAUGCCAUUAAAGCAGAAAACAUGGCUCCAUUUUAUGAAGAAGUUUGUAAAGAUUUAAAUUGGACGGUUGAUGAUAAUUUUUUGGCCCCUAUGAAAGCUAAGAAUAUGGAACAACUGAAAGAACUGGAUGAUGCAAUUGAAGAUGCUGAAAAAAAUUUAGGUGAAAUGGAAGUUAGAGAAGCCAAUCUUAAGAAAUCAGAACAUUUGUGUAGAAUAGGUGAUAAAGAAGGUGCCAUUUCGGCGUUCAGGAAAACUUAUGAUAAAACUGUAUCGUUAGGUCAUAGAUUAGACAUUGUAUUUCAUAACAUUAGAAUUGGAUUAUUUUACUUAGACCAUGAUCAUGUUACUAAAAAUAUAGAAAAAGCUAAAUGUUUGAUAGAAGAAGGUGGUGAUUGGGAUAGACGAAAUCGAUUAAAAGUAUAUCAAGGUAUAUACUGCAUAGCAGUACGUGACUUUAAAGAAGCUGCAAACUUCUUCUUGGAUACGAUAAGCACAUUUACUAGUUAUGAGCUUAUGGAUUAUAACACAUUUGUGAGAUACACAGUGUAUUUAAGCAUGAUAAGUUUACCUAGGAAUGAACUUAGAGAUAAGAUUAUCAAAGGUUCAGAAAUUUUAGAAGUGCUUCAUAGUAAUCCAGAUGUCAAAGAUUAUUUAUUUUCUUUAUAUAAUUGCCAGUAUGCUGACUUCUUUAAAAAUUUGGCCCAUGUCGAAGGUUUAUUACGCAGAGAUUAUUUAAUUUUCCCACAUUAUCGAUAUUAUGUUAGAGAAAUGCGUAUCCUCGCAUACACACAACUUCUAGAAUCUUAUAGAUCUUUGACGCUUCAAUACAUGGCUGAAGCAUUUGGUGUUACAGUAGAAUAUAUUGAUCAGGAAUUGUCGCGCUUUAUUGCAGCCGGGAGAUUGCAUUGCAAAGUUGAUCGCGUAGGUGGGGUUGUUGAAACUAAUAGACCAGACAGUAAAAAUUGGCAAUAUCAGGCUAUGGUCAAACAAGGAGAUUUGCUGCUUAAUAGGGUGCAAAAGUUAUCGCGUGUUAUUAAUAUUUAAUUAUACAAAGAAUAAAUCAUAAUGAUUUAAUAUCAAAUUUUAAGAUCUACUUAUUGUCAGAUGUGUUCGUGGAAAGUUU